AUGUCUGUCCGUACUGAAGACGCCAAGGUCCCAACUACGGCCACCACAAGUCCAGCACCGCCAAAGCUUUCUCUACCCAAGCGUAGCCUCUCUACGACGUCGACUCGGGCUUUUGAGAAGCCAUUCGAACCAUUUGAAUACAUCGAUCCGGAGGGACAUCGGCGGAAGCUGGUUUUGACUGAGGACAACCUUUUCAAUUCCUUUUCGAACUCGCCCAUACCUGAGAUACGAAAGCGUGCUGCGUUCAUGCGCCAGCAUGCUUACUGCCCGCAUCCCUCGCACCAGCCGACGCGUCCGGCGAACAACCCGAUGGACCUAGAGGCUCGCAAGUCUUCCGAGAUGGGUGCCCCGCCCGCCCAUGUCGAUUUUGAGUGUCCAGACUGUGGUGUACCAGUAUACUGCUGCGAAGAGCACUGGGCAGACGACUACGAGGCACACCUCGAGGUCUGCGACGUCCUGAAGCAGAUCAACGAAGACGAUCACGAUCUGAGAAGCGGGCGUUUCUUCAAGGAGUUCCAGUUCGCGGAACCCCAGAUGGAGGAGAUUCUAGUCAACAUGACGAGCUGGGACACGUACAUGUACACCCGAGACUUUGAUGCGCUGAACGAGGAUCGGGAGAUGCGCCAGGCGACGAAGCUGUUGACCUACCCUAUAACGAUUGCGAGUGUUCUGAACGAGCUCAGUCCCUACAACAUCAGGAAGAACGGGCGCAUGACACCCGAGGGGUUGAAGAGCUUCAGUGCCCUCCGACACACCCUUCACCCCCCGCGAACAGGUGGUGGAGACACCUGGAAGAAUGCUCGCCUCGCGCCACCGUCCGUCCGCCUCUUCAUUCUCGGCGCACGCGCAGAAUCCUCCCUGCCCCGCGAAACAUGGAUGCAACUAUCAUAUCUCUUCCACCGCGUACAAUUCUCCAUCAACUUCAUCGGGCCCGAGAGCAUGGCAAACCGCGAGAAAGAGCUGCCCAUUCCCGAACGCACGCCCCUCAAUCCCUUCGGUGCCGUCAUCGAGGAUCGUAUCAGCAACUCACUGAAGAUAAGCACCUUCGUAGAAUACUACCACAAUAUCCACAAGACGGGGUACUUCUAUCCGUACGACCCAUAUUUCGACUGCUUCGUCGUAUUCCACCCUGGCUUCGGUAAUCCUGCUUCCGCACACGAAUGGGAAGAGACACUACCCCUCCUCCUCGAGACGAAGGUUCCAAUCAUCGCAACUGGAUACAGCCCAUGGGAUAUGCAGCAGGAUGUCGAUUUCCUGAACAAGAGGUUCGGAAACGAGAUGGAUAUGUUGCUCGAGCCGGGCGAGAACUUAUUCAGGAGUUUGAGAUGGGACCUCAACGAUCUGGACCCGCAUGACGUUACGUGCAGCAAUUGGGGUGUGUACGCCUUCCGUGGUAAGAGAUAUGAGACUACGAAGAAGGAGGAAGAUGAGGAGGUACACAGCGAUCGCACAGCAUGA